AUGUAUUCUGAUCGUCGUGUAUCCCUAGACAUAGCACCGCUUGCUAGCUGGGAUUCUUGUUCCGACGAUGAGAAAACGGUUGUUGUGUUAGUUGGUCUUCCUGCUCGUGGGAAGUCAUAUAUAUCUACCAAGCUUUCAAGGUACCUAAAUUGGGUUGGAAUUAAUACACGAGUUUUCAAUGUUGGAGCUUAUCGUCGACUUCAAAUGAAAGAUUACAAUGACCAUAGUUACUUUUCCGACGAAAAUAAUGAAGGCGUAGCACUCAGACAAAAAAUUGCAUCGGAAGCAUUGGAUGACUUAAUCUCCUGGUUAACAUCAGAUGUUGGCAGGAUUGCCGUCUUUGAUGCGACAAAUACAACACGAGAGCGUCGGUUAUGGAUAAUGGAACGGUGUAAAACGCAUAGUUUUCAAGUUAUAUUUGUCGAGUCGAUUUGUAAAGAUAAAAAUUUAAUUCAGGAGAAUGUUUUGGAAGUAAAAGUCAACAGUCCUGAUUACAAAAGUAUCGAUAAAGAAGAAGCGUUAAAAGAUUUUCUUAAACGUAUUGAACAUUAUGAGAAGCGGUACGAAUCAAUUGAUGAUGAUUUGGAUAAGGAUUGGUCGUAUAUUAAAAUAUUUGAUCAAGGCAAACGAUAUCUAGCCAAUCGUAUUGAAGGUAAUAUCAACAGUCGAAUUGUCUAUUAUUUAAUGAAUAUUCGUGUAAACAAACGUACCAUUUAUCUGACACGACACGGUGAAACAGAUCUCAAUAUUCAUGGUCGAAUCGGUGGAGAUGGGAAGCUUUCUGAAAGGGGUGAACUAUAUGCUAAAAAACUUGCAGCAUUUAUGGAACAAGAAAAAUUAGAAAAUCUUAAAGUUUGGACAAGUCAUUUUAAGCGUACUAUUCAAACUGCUGAACAUAUUCAAUGUUCACAAAUAUGUUAUUGGAAAGCAUUGGAUGAAUUAGAUGCAGGAGUUUGUGAUGGUAUGACCUAUGAAGAGAUUCAUAAAAAAUAUCCUGACGAUUUUGGACGACGUGAUAACAAUAAAUAUUAUUAUCGUUAUCCAAUGGGUGAAUCAUAUCAAGAUUUGGUGACACGUUUAGAGCCGGUAAUUAUGGAAUUAGAACGACAAACAUCAGUUUUGGUUAUUUGUCAUCAGGCUGUAGCACGUUGUUUACUUGCCUAUUUUGAAGAUAAAAACAAGGAUGAACUACCUUAUAUUCAUGUUCCAUUACAUACUGUAUUCAAAUUAACACCUACUGCUUAUCGUUGUAUAGUUGAACGUGUAAAAUUGAAUGUACCAGCUGUAGAAACACAUAGAAUGAAACCAGAGAACACUAAAACACCACAUUCUUCAUUUGAAGCAAUGAAAACUGUUCCAGCUGAAUAUUAA